AUGCUAACACCAUUAACAAAGCUAAAGUCGAGCGCUAAAGUUGCCGUCGUCGGAGGGGGUGUUUCUGGAUUAUGUUUUACAUACUUCUUGAGUAAAUUAAGGCCUGAUGUCAAAGUCACAUUGUUCGAAUCACAGAACAGAACUGGCGGUUGGAUAUAUUCAUGCGCUACAAAAGACGAGAGCGGAAGGCCAAUUAUGGUAGAGAAGGGACCUAGAACAUUGAGGGGGGUAUCAGACGGGACUGUUCUGAUCAUAGACACCCUUAGAGACUUGGGUAAGGAAGCCGUUGUUCAAAAGAUUGAUAAAGGCUGUACUGCAGACAAAAAAUUUUUGCUGGAUCCCAGUGAUAAACUGGUACAAGUUCCUGAUUCGCUAACGACGACUCUAAAAUUCCUCCUGAAUCCUUUGGGAAAGGGACUUAUUCCAGGUAUGCUGGGAGAAUGGUUCAGGAAAAAAUCACCACACCCUGGGCAAGACGAAAGUGUUGAAUCCAUAAUAAACAGAAGGUUUGGAAACAAAGGCAUGUCGAACAAUAUGAUUAGUGCGUUACUCAGAGGAAUAUAUGGGGAUGAUGUUUCUCUGUUAAGUGCUAAGAGGACUUUCAGAAAAAUCUAUUAUAACGAACUUAAGCAUGGGUCUAACACACAAGCAAUGAUUGAUAAUAUGCGAGAAAAGUCUAAGAGUAAGAAAAGUGAGGAUUCCCAACGGCCUUUAACUGGUUGCCUUAAUGAUUAUGUAAAGGCGUUUGGGAAGAAUGAAUCAAAUUUAUUAGACCUAUCAAACAAGUUAAAGAGAUAUCCCAUGUUAGGUUUGGCUGGCGGCUUAGAAAAAUUUCCUCAAGUAGUUAGAAAGGCUUUAGACAAAUUCGACAACGUUGAAAUAGUUACUAAUGAGCCGGUGGUACAAAUAGUCAAGCACAACGCUAAUGUAAAGACCAUCGGGUUGAAAGUACAGUCUGGUGACAAGUACGAAGGGUUUGACCAUUUAAGGCUUACAAUAACCCCUUCCAAAAUCGCCAAAUUGCUACCGAAGAAUGAAGAUUCGUUAUCCAAGCUGUUAGAUGAGAUUCAAUCAAACACAAUCAUUCUGGUGAAUUACUAUUUACCAAACAAAGAUGUACUAGAUGCUGGCCAGCAUGGCUUUGGUUACUUAGUGCCUAAAUCUAAUAAAAAUCCAGGGAAAUUGCUUGGCCUAAUUUUUGAUUCUGUUAUCGAAAGAAAUUUUAAACCGCUUUUUGGCGUGGACUCUCAAAACCCUAAUGCUUCUAAGAAAUACACAAAACUGACCGCAAUGAUAGGUGGCGAUAUGCUGAAUGAACAUGGCGUACCUGUAGUACCAUCCAGGGAAGUGACUAUAAGUGCAGUCAAAGAUGCAUUGAACCAUCACCUAGGUAUCAGCAAUGAAGAUUUGGAAGCCGGUCAUUGGGAAUUCACCGUUGCUGAUAGAUGCCUCCCAAGAUUUCAUGUAGGCUAUGACGCAUGGCAAGAGAAGACUGAAAAAAAGUUUCAAGAAACCUACGGCCAAACAGUUUCAGUAGGCGGAAUGGGAUUCGCUAGAAGUCCCGGUGUCCCCGACGUUAUUGUAGACAGCUUCAACGACGCCCUACAACUUGGCAAAUAA